CACAAGAAAGUCUGGUGGGAACCGUCCAAUGUAUCCCAUGGCUGGUGUGGCUGUCAACUCAUUGACUAUUGCUGUGCUUUUCAGUCUUGUAGGUGCCCAUAUUUGUAUUUCAAGAUCACUGCAAGGCAUUUAAUGCUAAAUCAAGCACACAAGCUAAUUUUCUACAAGAAUGGCAUUCUCUUCCAAGACUGGAGGGAGAGGGACACUGACCUCAUUGGAGCAGCUAAUAGAAGAAAUAAAUUUCCAGAGGGCCAAGGAAAUGAGACAGAUUCUCAAAGAUGAUAGUGGCUUUGUGAUGCUGCAUGGCACAGCCUACUGGACAGACCUGUUUGUGCGACAUUUUCUGUUCGAGGAUGGCCGCAGCGCCCAGGAGUCAGACGAUCUGCUCUUUUUCAUCCGCAAACGUCACCUCAAGGAGGCCCGCAAAUACAUUCCAAGAUACGAGACUCUUGUGGAGGUGUUCCGUCGCGACAGCAAGAAGCUGCCGAUCGGUGACCCGGAGAUCGACUGGGAGGAGACCAUCUACGUCAACAUGAUCAUCCACCACUUUGACUACCAUCUGACACUGGCCGUGUGCACCCGCACCAGUCCGCGCGAGCUGCAGGUGCUCAAACGGCACACCGAGAGGGUGUGGGCAUCGCCCAGUCGCCGGCUGAUGAGCGAUAAAGGCACCUCCGAGCAGAUGACCUACCCAGACAUCUGCUUCAUGCUCGACAACUUUGACGAGAUUUUCACCGAUAUCCUGGUGCGGGACGGAGAGAUGGUGGCCGUGGAGCUGGUGGCCCGGGACCGGGACGGAGCCCUCCGCGGCGUCACCUUCCUCGGUUCGGUCCGAUACGACGCGCUCAAAAAGGUCUACGACGCCAGGGCUAGUAUCAGUAACAAGAUGGCGCAGCGGAUGACGUUCGGUCUCUUCUCCUCGCCGAGCGCGCAGAGAAUGGAGUUUGUGCGCAUGCGCGGCCCGCUCGGCAAAGGACACGCGGAACUGGCCGUCACCAAACCGCCCGGCGCCGACUGUGAGACGCCCACCUCGGAGCCGGGGUUCAUGCUCACCGACCAGGCCUGGGACUCGGACGCCGAGGAUGAGGACGAGUACAUGUUCCAGAGAAAACAUCAGCGCCGUCUGAGCGACCCCAGCGCCAACUUCAACAGUUUCAUGUACUCCAACUACCGGACCAAGCCGAAAGAUGUCGGUAAAGCGCGGUCCGAGAGUGAAGGCCUGAACGCAUACCAGGACCAGUUUAACGAAAUCGAGGCGGGCGAUGUCCGAGACGAACUGGACGAUGGCGCCUACAACCCGAUCUGGACGAUGCGCGGCUUUUCACAAACGUUCCACUUCUGGAAGGAGAACCGGCGCGCGUCCAGUCUGCCGCUGCGCGCGCACGUCACCUACAUCCGCCUGCCCUGGCACGCCAUCGUCAACGAUUUGAUUACCAAAGAAAACCGUGAAGAGCCAAUACUGACAUUUUAACGCUCCGUUCCGUCGCGGACUAAUAGACUACGACACUCGUGCUCUGGUGACGGAAUUGGCAUACAACUACCCCGCCUGACUGCCGGGCUGGGAGUCAUGCCGCUGCGUUUUCCAGCGUCAUGGGGUAUUUUGUACGCGCACCGCCGCGUCACCGCUGCUGCAAUGUGAUAUGAGCCAGCUUGUUCGCUGUUGGGUGUAGUGUUGUCCGUCUGCUUCUGUCUUUUCACUCUUCACCUGACUGCACUGUGUCUUUGACCACGUGACCUGCGUGUGGGAGCCAUGUCCCUGAUCACGUGAUUUGUGCUUCGAGUUUUUGGCCAUGUCCGUGACCAUGUGACUUAGUAUAUAAUCUUGGUCCGUGACCACGUGACCUGUGCUUGGGAGUCAUGUCGGUGACGAUAUGACCUGCUCGUUAGAGCCGUGUCCGUGACCACGUGACCUGUAGGAGCCGUUCCCGUGACCACGUGACCUGUGUGUGAGAGCCUGGCAGGGAUGUGCGUGUCUGGAGGCUGGCCGUUCAGGGAACCCAUCUCACUGCCUUGCCUGUGUUUUUUGGCGGCUUUAGGUCGGAUUAUUGGAGCGAUAAUGUAUCGGGGUGACUUUAUGUAGGAAUCAUAUGAUGGUUUGUUACAGGUCCUGUAUUGAUUUCAUAUGCCAUUUUUGCUGAAUUUCAGACCAUGUGAAUCUUAUUUCCUUAUUUAAUUUUGUGUAUUAGCAUUGUUUUGACGAGUUGUUUUGUUAGCUAUUUUAUUAGACUUAGGAGAUUCCAUAUCCAAGCUAGCUGCUCAUGCAUUGAGCAUUUUCUAAGAUAGUUAAGUAACGCUCUCAAGGCUCCGUGCUUAAAAAUCAUAAAAAUUAUUCCGAUCAAAAUCGCAUGCUGCGCUCCGGAAUGCAAACCCAAUAUGCUACAUCGGCUUUAUUUCUAAAAACGUUUCACUGGUAUAUUUUUGUCGCUAUGCAUUUCUUGAAUGCACCUUUGCCACUUUUGUGCCGUUUCUCGUGUAAUGAACAUCAUGAUAAUCGUAAAUAAUUUGCUGACACAUUUCAUUUUGCGAUUCGAUAUUAAACAGACAUUAUUGUGAUAGUUUCUACAAAGAAACCCAUUUAUGUCUCUCGGAGGGAUUGUGAUGCGUUUUGUUUUGUUGAUUUGUUUAUCUUUUAUAUUCCUUGUUCGUUGCAGUUGGUGGGGUCUCUUUUCUGUCACAAACGUGGACCCUUUAACUGAUAAUGUUGCGGGGACCAUAAACAUUUCAGACAAGGUAUUUUGUAGGUGUAAGAUAGCUGUUUCGGGUAGUUCUCUCUACAUUAUGAAAUCAAAUAACGGUGAAGCUUCCACGAUUUCGGUGUGUGGUCGCAGGCACUUGAUCCAGUGGUUGUUGUUGAUGUUGUUUUUUUUCCCUUGUUGGGAAUUAUGAUGACGGUGCUGACGCAUUCCCGCAAACAGUAGCACUGCGUGCAUUUGUCUGUGUUUUGUGCACGAGGCGUUCAAUGCACUCGUGUGCUCUUGCUGUAUGCACAAAGGUGAAAGGCGGCUCACUGCAACCUAAGUGACUCCUAGUAGUGACCAGUGAACGGAACACCCCAGUUCUCUGCAUCUCAACUGGCUCUGAAACCGAACCCACCUGCGGGACUCAAAGUCACGGAACUAGCUCAAUGUCUCUUGAACCGCAUUUUCCGCUCGUCACUGCGAUAGAGAUGCCGGACUUUUCUUGGCAGGUUACACUAUACGGCCCUCCGCCAGUUGUAACCAACGUCAUGGAACUUCCAGUUCAACGCUACUGCUGUUUAGAAUCCGGUAUCCUCUUCUUGGUACCCGGUUUCCUGGCCGUCAGGUUCGGUACUUACACCGCAGUCCAAUAUGCACGCUUUUGUAUCCGAUAUCCCACCGCCCGGCACUGUGCCGUCCCGUCGUGUACCAACUCCGACUGAAAUUAUCCCGUCCCGGUUCCUCCAUUUCCCAGGAAUUAGUGUACCGUCGACAGUUCCUCAUGGGUCCGUACAGUUGGCUACAGAAUUGUGUUCCACCCCUCUAAAGCUAUCAGUUGACUGAAACGCUAAGUUGUGCCGUUUAUCACGAAAUUAAGCGUGUCUUUGGUGAGUGUUGGGUCACAGCUUUAGACUGUGAACUCAGCCCGUGUAAUGCGGCACAGCCUACCACUCCAGGCAACUGAUUGCCUGUGAAAAGUGGGACAUCAUUCUGUAGUCAACUGCGCACACACCACCGGUGCCGUACCCCGAUCAGAGACGGUCGUGUCGAGACUGCGGUAUCCUGUUCGCCCUCACGUGUGUGCGUUGGUGUGCAUGUUUGUCUCGUCAUUUUCUGUGCGACCGCCCCACGCAAGUGGCACUGACAGGCUGGUUACUAUUUCACCGAUGUUUUUCGGUAAACAGGCUGACAGCUUGUGCGGGGAUGUUCUGUAUGCGUCGACAGUGACCGAUGACGUUUGAAACAGAAGUGGCAGGUUCCUUUGUUCUGUGUUAUGGGCUGUGUUAUCGUAUUGUAUCACGUUUUACUUGUACUGUCAUGGAUCUAUGUUCAAUGGCACGUUAAGAUGAUUUUCAUAUCACAUUAAUUGAUGAUGUGAUCCUUGUAUUUAUUCAUAUCGUGCAAUAUUUGCUGUUAUGUAUCCCGUUUUGGCCAGUCGUACGCAGGGCUUUUGGGAUCAGUGUGAUCGGUGUCAUACGUGCGGAGGAAGAGACAUGACGAUCUAUUGUAGAGCUUCUUAUCCGAGCAAUACGGGUUAAAUAUGUUUUCCAGUUUGUAGCAGCCCUUUACUUAUGUGCUUGUGACACCAGAAUGAUGCAGUCACUUAUCCUCAUUUCGAUUCGGGGAUAUACAGGAAUGGCAUUGUUAUUCGGAUGUUGGUGUGUCGUCAUAACCACAAAUAUCCGCAUACCGGUCGAAAACCAUCAGACAGCCAGUGCUGAAAAUAGUGUUCUCUAAUGAGUACCUACCACCUCAUUAGUGACGAAGUCGACCGAGUCUCCUCUGUCUCGGAGUAUCACAUCCCGUCCCCACUCUUUGCGCCGGUUUUACCGUCCCCCCGGCACUGUUUGUGACGUGAGUCGUGCUAUCAGCCGGCGCCAGGCUCGCUCUGUCCAGACUAUGUGCGUGUGUGCGUGUGCUAUACGCGAUAUGAGUGUACUGGUACCUUAUGGUGACCAGUCGUCGGAGAUGGUAUGACUGCAGUGCUCGACAGUGGCUACUCUGUCUGUCCAUGUGUGCUCCGUCGAUUCGCGGGGCGCGCCGGUUGACCCGGGUGUGUCCGCGACUGGGUGAAGCACGCGACUGACCUCAGGCUAGAGCUCUCUGUGUUGAAUCACGAACCGCGUGCAGUGUGCUCCGUCAGUUCAGUUCGCCGGCUAGUUAGUUGACCAUUUCGAAGCGUCUUUUCCAAACGCUCACAUGCUUCGAAGGUGUUCUGGAGGCCUCCUUCUGGGCUUGCUUUUAUGUGAUAUGGAACACGUUGUGUUUUGUCUAGUCUAUUGUGUUUAGAUGAUUCAACUUUUGUAAUAAAACCGCUUAA